CGUUGUUGUGGAGUCGGUUUGUUGCCAUGAUCGCGAUUUCCUGUGCGGAUUUGUCGCGCUAGAUUUUGGACGAUGUUUUGUCCAGCUACUCUAUUGUGUUUUAAACGUAACUGUAAAUAUAGACUUUAGGAAGUUACAGCACUGGAUUUUAGCACGUUUUUGUGUGCGUGUGUGUUUUUUUACACUGCGAUAUUUGACGGAGUGAUUUUACGUGGAUUUUCACACAAAGACCUGGCAACCCGGACCUUAUUAAAGUGAGCGUUUGUGUUCCAGAAUGGCGCGUGUAUGAAACGCCGGGAGAAAUAAAACCAGGUCUCUUGAUGUCACAGUGAUUCCUGCAGCCUCCUCCGCUGGAUGCCUGAACAUCAACGUCUGCCCCCCUCAAGGACUCUCCUUAGCGCCUGUCAUCCAUGGCAGCUGUUACGAAGGUGAUGGAGAGCAUCGUGAUCCUCGACGAUGAUGAUGCCGAAGAGCCUUCAUCUUCCACGUCUUCGGCGCGUCCUCAGACGAUGAUGGAGCCGCCGCCCACACACAUCCCCGAGUCUCCUUUCGCUUCUGCCAAGAAGGAGAGCCAUGUCCUGAAACUGGAGAACGAGAAGCUCUUUGGCGAGUUUGUGGACCAUUGCGUCGACCACACCCGAGAGCACCCGGAGGUCAUGGAGUUCCUGAAGGUCAAAUAUUCCAAGGCUUCGCCGGACUUCCUGACGUGCGUGGAGUUCCGGAACGCCGUGGGUCGCUGCCUGACCCGAGCCCAGGCGCAGCCCACCAAAACCUUCGUUUACAUCAACGAACUCUGCACCAUACUUAAACAGCACUCAACCAAACGGAGGGUCGCUGUCCAGGCCCCGAACGUCAAGAAGCAGGACAAAACCAAGAGCCGGGACGAGGAAGGACACACGAGCACAGACAAAGAUGGAGGUGACCAGAGGCAGACGGGAGCGGGGGAAGAGGAAAGAAAAACUAAACGAGCUUCCAGGAGACAGAUAGCAUACCUGGAGAACUUGUUGAAGGUGUAUAGUGAUGAGAUCAGACGUCUCCAGGAGAGAGAUUUGAGUUUGGAGGAUCUGGAGAAGGAGGACUCGAGCUACAUCCAGGAGCAUAAACUCAAGCGCAAAUUGAUGAAGAUCUACGAUAAACUGUGCGAGCUAAAGGACUGUAGCACGCUGACCGGCAGAGUCAUCGAGCAGAGGAUUCACUACACCGGCACUCGUUACCCAGAGAUCAACAAGAAGAUUGAGCGAUUCCUAAACAACCACGAGAUCCAACUGAACCCCCCGGAUUACAGGGACAUCCUGGAUGUGGUCAAGCGCGCCAACGAGCGCCAUCAACUCAUGCUGAGCCGUAAGCAGGAGACGCAGAUCGCGCAGGAGGCAUUCCGGGAAACCGGUAGCCGGAUGCAGGAGAGACGCCACCUUGACAUGGUCUACAACUUCGGCUCUCACCUCACUGACCUCUACAAACCCACCCUAGAUCCUGCCCUCGCUGACCCCAUGUUAGCCCAGAAGCUGCGCUCUAACAGAGAGCUGGCUCUCAGCUCCAUAGAGGAGGUCAUCAACAAAUACGCCAACAUACAGGAUGACGCCGAGGAGGAGGAGAGGAGGAAACGUCUGGGGAAGGAGAAGCAGAAAAAAGAGAAUGGUCAGCAGGUGUCCAUAAAAGUAGAGAACGGUGACCGGAAUGGGGAGGAGAACGAACAGGAGGAGGAGGACGAAGCCGAAGAGGAGGAGCCAGAGGAAGAAGAGGAGGAGGACGAGGAGGAAGAUGAUGCUUCUUCAGAUCCGGAUAUCGAGGAGGAGAUCCAGGCCAGCACAGCACAAGUCAGACCAGAUGAGGAAGAGGCUGAAGAGGAGGAGGAGGAGCAUAUGAGUGUGAGUGAUGAGAUUGUGCAGCCCAGCAGUGUGGGCUCUUGUCCAUCAGUUAAAUCUCCUGGCUGUGGAGAAGCAGAAGAAAGCACAGAUGAAGUUCCGCAGUCGGACGGUGGAACACACGGCAGCGCUACUGCAGAAAAAUCCCCCGAAGACAAACGUUCUAGCGACAGUCCCUCGUCCUCGAACGGUCAUUCUGGCGUCCCAAAGCCUCUGUCCAGAGAGGACGAGCCGCUGGUUUCUAACAGCUGCCCCUCGGCCGAGUCCGACAGCAUCGUCCUAACCUCAGAGGUUCCACCCACGCCCGAGAACUGCGUCGUCACGAUACCCGAGGUGACUAACGAGACCACGAACAGCAAGAAGAGGAAACGGGAAUCGAAGAAGAACCACAUCGUCCAAAACGGCAACAUCAGACAGAGCGAUAUCAGUGACGGCGGUGAUGUCUCUCCGGACGUGAAAGUGGCCUGUAGCCCCGUGCUAGUGGACUCCACCCGGGCGGACACACCCACUCAGGAUCUGGUCAGCAGCUCUCGCUCUACACCACCCCCAAAAAAGCACAAGGUGAACGUCGCAACCCAGUGUGACCCAGAUGAGGUGAUCAUUCUCUCUGAUUCGGACUGAGUCGUGUCCACUGACACGGAGCUGGAACGCCAGUCCUCAUCUCCAUCACCCUCCUCCUGCAGGUGCUCGUCCAUCUACAUUCUGAAGAGAGAAUCCAGACUGGAGAAAAGCUCUUCCGCAUUGGAUCAGAUCCUCGCUAUCACACACUUACCUUUCAGAACUCAUACAGCUCGCUGCACUGCCCGUUCGGCUUGGCUAGGCUGACCGUUCGGCUCAGGCUGCACUGACCGUUCGGCUCAGCUGUACAUUUUCAGGGUAUGAUAAUGGGGAUUUAUUAUCUUUUUUUUUUUUUUUUUUCUUUUUUCUUUUUUUUUAGGAAAAAUGUAAAAUGUCGUUGUAAUGUUUUAUUGUUUUUCAAUAUUAAUUUUUUUGAAAGCAGAUAAAAGUUUGGUCUUUAUCUCUGUGUAAUUAGAUUUAAUUAAACAGAGAAG